AUGGCUUCCAACGCGAUGAGAGGCGCGUCUGGAGGUACUGCUCCUCAAAGUGUUGAGAACAUCACACGCAUAGCACAGAAUUACGAGUACAACUCUUCCGUCCCCUUACGGUAUUGGCUGAGGACUGCCACGACGCUUCUACGGGAGGCCCAAAUCUAUGAACGCGAAGGACGCGAUGAACAAGCCUAUCUAAUUCUUUUCCGACAUGCCCAAUUGGUCCUGGUCCACCUUUCGCAGCACCCCGACACGAAGAAGAACGACGACGACCGUAAAGCCUUGGUGGCAGCCGAGAAAGAGGUUGAGAAAAACCUCAGCAAACUAGAGGCUCUAAGGCCGCGGAUAAAUAAGCGAUAUGAGCGCUAUACCCAGUUGAUGCGGGAGCGCGAGUCUCGAAAACAGCCCUCGCAGGCCAAAGGCGUUCCUGGGUCACGAGAAUCUGUUCCAGAUCCCGCUCUCGCUGGCGUGGCAGAGCCCUUAGAAGCUGGAGAGAACCGGGACCUCGCUGUACAGCUAGCGCAAGCAGAGCUCAACCGCAGGGCCACCGUCCGAGGUUCCAGAGGUCUUUCUGGGCCAUCGCCUGAAGACCUGGACAGUCGUCGCGCAGCUGGUGUAUGGGAUCGUUCCGUCAAGCCAGGCCUCGAAACGGGAGAUGAUGACCUCAGUCGACGUAUUCAGAAUAUCAGGUUGAACAUCGAUCAUACGAACCAAUCCCACGACCAACGUGCCAGAGGGUCCCAGUUUUCCCCCGAUACAUCCGCAUACAGGUACCCAACUGUGCGGCGUCCAAAUGCACUGGAGCCUACUGCGUCACCAGGCCACAUUGCUAUUCUUGACACGAAUGCCGAACGUCAUGCGCCCCCGAUUCUGCCUCCGAAAGAGCACCUUACGCCCAGCAGAGCGACUAUCGUCGAUGGCCCCGAUACGCCUAUAGCGCCAUCACGGCCGGCAAAAAUAUCGCCAACUCCAGCGCUGCCUGAGAAAGUACAAGCCCCCGCAGACACGACCACGACCCGUCCAGAUCUAGAUGCGUCGAGUUAUACCUUCCAGCCCGCGGCCUAUCUAGAGAAUGGCACUCCUCUGCGCUCCGUGUUUCUGCCUGCGAACCUCCGAUCACGCUUCUUAUCUGUGGCCGCACCCAACACUCGCGCUAACCUGGAGACAUGUGGAAUUCUUUGCGGGACCCUUAUCUCCAACGCGCUCUUCAUAUCCAGAGUCGUCAUUCCCGAGCAGGUAUCGACCUCAGACACAUGUGAAACUGUUAAUGAGUCCGCCCUGUUUGAUUACUGCGAUUCCGAAGACCUGAUGACUCUUGGUUGGAUCCACACGCAUCCUUCGCAGACCUGUUUCAUGAGUUCGCGUGAUUUGCACACGCACUGCGGUUACCAAGUGAUGCUUCCCGAGAGCAUUGCCAUUGUUUGCGCACCGAGCAAAAGUCCCGACUGGGGCGUAUUUCGACUGACUGAUCCUCCGGGUCUUAAGACUGUUCUCAACUGCAACCAAACUGGCCUGUUCCAUCCGCAUGCCCAGGAGAACAUAUACACUGCGGCCUCUCGCCCAGGGCAUGUUGUCGAAGUCAGUGACAUGGAGUUUGAGACGAUAGACCUCCGCCCAGGUGCUUCGAAGGAUUAA